AUUUCUUGAAAUUCUUCAAUGUGUUGUGAUGAAAAGGACGGGGAACUUCAGCAGCAGCUGUUGAUGUUUGUUGUGUCACCCCUUUACCAAGGAGAGACUAAUACGCAGCUGCAUGUUAGAUGAUGUUAGAGGAGGGAGAGGGAACCUCACCGUGUGUCCUCGGGUCAAUUUCUGACUGCAAUUUCUGGAAGAACACAGCAGAAAUUCCAACCUUGUGGCGUUACGCUCCUUUCAUUUCUCAGAAACUCGUUAAUUUAUUUACUGUGCCCCACAAGUCCAAGUUCUCUUUAUAGAUUAACUGGUGUAUUUUGGCUUCCAUCCAUCUCUUCCUUUGGUGGAAGAUGAAUGAUACCAUGACUGUCUUUGAAACAGGGCAGGAAUGUGGUGUUUUUUGAUUAAACAGCAGCAUCAGCCCUGGGAUCUGUCUGUCUGCCAGCCCUGCGAGGCCCCCUGCUCUGUGUGCUGUCAGGAACAGAGGAUGGAAAUCUGAGUCCAACCUCUGUGAUGAAGACAGACGUGCAGAACUGCAGUAGGAUCUGGAAACCAUUUGCCUUUCUCCAGGAGCAUCGCUAUGGAGGAGCUCAUUUCUGAAGGCCCUUGGAGCUGUUUAUUUGUUUGCUUUCUUUUAAUAACUAAUUGAUCCUUACAGCUGAUCUAAAUGGGAGUUCCUAAACGCAGCCGCUGCCUGUGGCCUGUCAGGCUCACCGAGUUGGGUUUCCAUUGGGAUUUGUACCACCUGUAUGCACAUCAGAGGGGUGUGAAGCUGCAGAAGCAGCCGGGGGGGUCGCACACAGCAUGGCCACCUCCUGCAGCCUGCUGGUGCCCCUUACGUGGCUGCCUGCAGAGAUCCCAUUUCUCAGAGUAAACCUGUGUGUGUUGUGUAAGACUCAGAGUAAAUGUCAAGUGCUGCUAAUGAACAUGGGCUGCUUUCUCGACUCCACAAGAGUUCUGUAUUUGUUGCAUGUGAACUUUAUUCUUGGUGCCUCUGGAAUGUUGGCAGGGCAGUUCCUAACAUCAGGCAUAAAAGCAUUUGUCUGUUGUUUGAAAUCUGUGAUUUUUUACUGACCACAGAACCCCACUCCCAGGUACCACUGGUCUCCUCAAGGCACUUGCUGUAAAGCUCUGGGAAGGGUCUUCCAGGAUAGGUAUUUUUAAGCAUGCAUUGACAUGGCAUGGAAGUUCACUUCAACAGGGCAUCGUUUACAUCCUGUUCAUUUGGUUCUCGCUCCCCUGAGAAGCAAUGGAAGGCUCAGAGGAGCAGGGCUCUGGGGGGGCUAAUAGGGCUGAUGGUCAUCAUGAUUUCUUCCCAUUUGAUCGUUCUUAUGGGCUAAUCCCUGCACUACUGUCCAUAUGUUCUGUAUGAGAGCUUCUGAACAGAAAUACUGAACAGAGGUGCUGGCAGGGUCAGGUGCGCUCUGCGAGUUGUAAUUGCAGCACUGUGUUUGCAAAACCUCCUGCUGUUCAGAGGAGGGCUGCGUUGAUCCAGCUGAGAGCUGGGUGCCGACCCAUGGCUGUGAGCAUCUCCCAAAGCACAGCUCUGCAUCCCUUGGGCUUUUCAUGGAACCCCGUCUGUGCUGUGUUUGGGUACCUCUGGGAUCAGGGAGCAUCUGAGCAGGAAUUUCAACCUCUCAGGUUUAUUUGUAGGUAGACUCAGAAUCAGGCUCUGAUUUUGUCCCUUGGUAUUUGCAGUCAUAACGAGAAGGUGUCUUCCAGUUGCAUGCAGCCUUGCAUUUAGUGAAGAUCUAGAGAACUCUUGUUAUUAAAAACUUAGUUGUUGUUUUGCAGUAAAGGAAUUGGUGGUUUCAAGAUCCCUGUACCUACUGAAUCUAUGUAGCUUCUCUGAACAUUGUUUUCUAGUCCUCAUUUUCAACAGGUGUGUGUUGCUAACUGCCUGCUCUCCCUGAGUGCCACCAUCCUCCCACCCACUCUCUUUCACCAUUCUUUUUUUCUCCUUUCCAUGUUAGGAUCCUGUAAAUAUUGUUGAAAUGUGGCUGCAGUGCAAAAUGGGCUUUUCCAACAACGUGGGUGUGGAUAUCUAAUUGAACAGCUUCCUGGAAAGCCUUCCCCAUGGCUGUAUCUGAGAACGAGACAGAGAGAUGGCCUCGCAGGCACGGCGGCGGAAUAGGAGCACUGAUGGAGCCUACAGCUGCUCCUGACAGCAGCCGUCUGUCCCCAGUGCCAUCCCUUGGCAGCACAGACCACGUCCUGCACCUCGCUGGGCGAGCAGACUCUGCGUACAGCUCUUUCUCAGGGGGUUCAAAUGUUCCAGAGUAUCACACCCCAUCGUGUUAUGAAGCAGACUGCUGUUCAGCUUCAGAGCAGGUACCGUACAUGGACUCGGAAUACGUAAGAGGCAUUUAUAACCUCAGCGCAGCAAGCUCUGCUCUCAGAUGCCUGCAGCCGUGCCAGGCACCAGCCCAGGGCAUCCCCGCUGCCUCUCACAGCCCUGCUCUUGCUGAGUGCAGCAGUGGCACUCCUUCCCGUGGGACGCUGGACCAGGGACUGCUGCCUCCGGCUGCACCUCCGCCCUCUCCUCCCAUGCGACUCGACAGCUACAGAGUCACCAGACACCUGGAAAGCACAAAGGGGAGAGGGAGGCGGAACUCUGGAGGUCUCAGUGAGUGCAGUGUGCAGCAGUCAGCUCCUUGCAUGGACAGCCAGCCGGUGAGUGCAUUGCAUGGCCAAACAGGGGCUGGCAACGGUGAGCCAGCUAUGGUGGCAGCUAGGAGAAGGGCUCUGGAAAAUAAGGGCCCUUCUGGUUCUGCAGAUGGAAUAUCUGUAUCAAAACUUCAGGGGUUAAAGACAGAAGAAAAUGGAGAGUGGAGCCCAUCCCAAAAGCCUGUGAGGAGAAGUAAUCCCCACGUUUACAGCAGGCCAUCCUCCUUCAUUUUUCAAGAAUAUUUGAAGACUGAUUCCAUGGCUAACAUCCCUAAAAUUCUGUCUGCUUACGGUUCAGCUCACAUGCACAGUGUUUCUGAAGAGGUGAAGCCCAGGCCCUACACAUGUGCACACAGCAGCCCUGGUGCUGCUGGUGAUGCAGGAGGGGGUGAGCUGUGCCCAUGCAGUGCACACCGGGCAGUGCUCGGGGAUGCAGAGCUGCAAAGCCGAUGGAAGGGAUCCCCACUGUGCGCUCAGUGCCCGCUCUGUGCUGAGCUGCCUCUGAACGUGGGUCAGGAGGUGUUUGAGGACAUUUGUGACUUGAAAUGUACAGAGAAUGCUCUCCUUAUAAAAAACGCAUCCAGGAAGUUCAGCAUCUGUACGGAUAAAAAUGGGUGCUAUGACUACAAAGGAGAAAUUGGGAGCGUUGUUAGGGAACCGCUUCUGAACCCACCAGGCAAAAUGCAGAAAUCGCCGCUAUCCUGCAGUAGUGAUGCUGUAGAAUUGGAGCAGCCUCCCUCUGGGAAGUUGGAUCAUGGCAAUAAGGAAUGCUGCGAUAAUACUGAGCAAAUGGCUUUUCUUAGAUCAAAGGAAGAUUCCUCAUCACAGCCUGUAAAUGAAGGUUGUGCCAAUAGCAGCAGUCCUGGCCUUAAUGUGCAGCUAGAGCAAGAGCAACCUCCUGUUCCUUAUCAGAAAUGUCAGCCUGGACUUCAGCAAGAGCUCUUAAGACAGGCACUGUAUGAUCCUGCUGGUGAGCAAAUAACCAGACAGACAACUCCGAUGCUUUAUUACCUGUCUGGGGGAAGGGCUGCCAACGCCACACACCACACUAAGCUCACACAAUGUCCAGAGGGUGUGAGGAGCUCACCAAAGGGAUUUGCAACAAGCAGCCACACUGCCUCAGCAUGGAGCACAGAGAUGCAGAGGGAAAGCAGUCAGCCCCGAAAGGCUGAGCAUCGCCAGCACUGUGCCAACGGGGAUCCCCUGAACGAGGCUGAAGACAUCGCUCUCGGGACUCCUGCUUCAUCCGUGGAGGAGAGUUCUAAGAAUGACUAUAGAGAGAAACUUAAAGUGGCUCAGAAAAAGGUUCUGAGAGAAACUUCUUUUAAAAGAAAAGACUUACAAAUGAGUUUGCCUGUUAGACUGAGACAGAAGCCCUCCAAAAGGCCUUCAAUUGAGCACCUUAGAUCUUUCUCAUUGUCCAAUGCAAACGAAGAUUCCAAACCUGCUCCUUGUUCUGCUUCUCACCUAGAAUCCUUGGAAGGUUUCAAUAAAGACACAGAAAUUAAGAGGCCACAAGCAGGUCGAUUAGGGGGAAGAAAAAGGUUGACAAAAGAGGAAAAGAAACUGUGUUAUUCUGAACCUGAGAAACUCAAUCUGCUGGCAGACAAGGAAGUCCAGGGGAGCAGAGGCAGCGAUGAGAGCACCGAGCAGGAUAUGGCCACAGCCAGGAGAAGGACUUCAGAGAGCAGAGGCAGGGCUCUUUCCAGUUCGAGCAUCUCCAGGACGGAGCUGAAGCAAAUCCAGCACACUGCACUGAUGGAGUACAUGGAACGGAAGAUCAGUCAGAGACCAGGCAGCAUGCAGCACGCCCCACUCCAUAAACUGCCCCUGCAGAUGGGGCCUUCGCAUCCUAAAUGGCCUCCUGGCAGGAGCUCCAACCUUGGUGAGAGCAGAAAGGCACCAAGCAAUGAUGCUUCCUGCCAGGUGUUCUCUGAAGAAGCAGCACCAGAUGUUUUCCCUCCUUCCUCACCUGUUCCCUCACCAAACGCAGAUGGUGGAUGCAGGACGGUGCCAGCAAAGCCCAGCCUGCAUCCUGCAGCACCGGAUUGCAGCUGCAGCACCGAGUGUGUGUCUGUGCACAGCAUCCCUCUCUCAGGUGCUGCUGCCCAGGGGAGGGAAGUGGAGCAUCCUUCCAUGCAGGCUGCAGACAGAUGUGCCAGCUGUGCGGUGCCACCAGCCCAGCCUUGUGGAAACCACAUCAGCACCCCCAGUUCCCAUGAUCCCAGGGAAGACGGAUGCCAGAACCACGAAGAUCGAGACAGUGUUGUUGGAAGCUCUCUGUGUCAGCACAGUGAGGAGCCAGCUGCCAGCAGCUCUAUCCCCAGCCCAAGAAAAGGAAGCAGGGACGAUGCUCAAAUAGAAAAGAAAAGCAGAAGUGGAUCUCAGACUGGCAGUGCUUUAACGACGUGCCCGGAGCUGCAGCCGAAGGCAAGCAGUGCUGCGGCUGCUGAGGAGAAUGUGGCAAGCUGCCUUGUGCUGCCAGCUCAGCCUCAGCAAGGAGAUGGAGGUGCAGCCCCAGGUCGGGGUGCAAAGGAAGCAGCUGCACACAGCGGCCGGGGUGGUGAUCUGCAGGAGGGGGAGACGGACCUGCCCCAAAGGAGGCUGUGCUCUCCUGAGGACCGGCGUUACGAGGAGCUUGCGAUGGCUCUCAUUGCCAAAGACAGCUCUCUGGUUGAUGUCCUCAUGCCUUAUCCUGUUAGAAAAACUGCUCUGGACUUGAUGGAGGGUCUUUUCCCUGUUAACGUUUCUGUGUUGGAAAUGCACAGAAGGAAGGCAGAUCUGCGACGUGUGCGGGAGAACGACAGGAAAAGCAGUGGAGAUGUGACAGAAGAAUGUCCUGAGUCUGAACUCACCAUCAAGCAAAGGAGUGAAGAUCCCACUGGGAAGGGAGACCAUGCACUGGGCAGGAGUGCAGAUGACAUGAAGGACCUAGAUGACAUCACGUGUAAGAAGCUGGAGCUCAUCUCCAGCCUUAGGGCCAAAGUGCGGGUGCUGGCAGAGGACAGGGAGCUCAUCCUUGCUGAGGCCAAGGAGUGUGCAGAGCGUGGUGAGGAGCUGGAGGCUGCCGUGCGUGCUGCCUGCAAGCCCAACGAGUUUGAGCGCUACCUGAUGUUCAUCGGCGACCUGGAGAAGGUGGUGAGCCUGCUGCUCUGCUUGUCCAGCCGCCUCGCCCGCGUCCAGAACGCCAUGAGGAAGAUUGAUGGCAACACAGAUGCUGAGGAGAAGCAAUCGCUGAAUGAACGGCACAAGCUCUUGUCUAGACAACGGGAGGAUGCAAAGGACCUGAAAGAAAACCUGGAUCGCAGGGAGCGGGUGGUGGCUGGGAUCCUUGCCAAAUACCUGACCGACCAGCAGCUCCAGGCCUACAGGCACUUUGUGCAACUGAAGACCUCUUUGUUGAUUGAACAGAGGGACCUCGAAGAACAGAUCAAAUUUUUCGAGGAACAAUUAGAAAACCUAGAGAAAAGCAUCCCUCUCUAAUAGCAGCGGGCUGUCCAUUUGUGUAUGUGAUAUUUGUGAUGUUUUCCUGGGAAUCCAUGGGCGCUCACUGCACGGAGUUUGAGCUCUUGCAAUCCUGCUAGUGCCACGGUAUUGACGGGUGCUUAGAUGCUCUAGGCACAACUGGAUGUGCUUUUCCCCUUGGAUAAGGCAGGUGACAAAAUCCUGUGGUGUAGCAGACUGCACUUUGGGAAUGGCUGCUGGGACAUCUUGCUCCCAUUAAUCUGAUGUGUAUUUCCCCUUCUUGCUGUCUGUCCAUCUGUUUCCAGGUUGACAUAAUCUCAAUAAAAGAACGGCGUAAACGUU